CCGGCGCCGUGCUUAUAGCAGGGGGCGGGCGGCGCGGUGCGGACGGGCAGUGAUGGCGGCGGCACCGGCUCCAUUCCAUGUCGGGGCUCUGCUCCUCUUCCUCCUGGGCGCGUUGGCCUCCGGCGUCACCGGGACAAGUCCAGACAUCAAAGCCUAUGUCACCAGUGGUUCUGGGAAGCUGGUCCUGGCCUGCAACAUGACUGGGCAGUAUCUUCCCACCCAGGGGCACGAGUGGAUGCGCGAGGGCAAGGUCCUCCAGAAGGAUGCGGACACAAGCGCUUUCACCAGCUACACGAUCGAGGGGAAGAUGGAAGAGCACUCUGGUGUCUAUGAGUGUGUCUACAAAACAAACCCAGUGAUUAAAGCACAUCUGAAUAUCUCAGUUGCCCCCAAGGUGACGGCAUACAAGAAGUCUGAGCAUGGCAAUGAGGGGGACACAGGAGUGCUGGUCUGCAAGAGCAGCUCGUUCCCUCCUGUCACCUCUUGGAUCUGGUACAAGCAUGGCCAAGAGCCCAUCAUCAAUGGUUCUGGGCGCUACAUCAUCAAGUCCAGUGGCAACAAGACGGAGUUACGCAUCCUGAAGCUGAACAUUGAGGAGGACUCGGGUGAUUACCACUGCAAUGCCACCAAUGCCUAUGGGCAGGGCAGUGCCACGGUGAACCUGCGUGUCCGCAGCCGCUUCGCAGCGCUCUGGCCCUUCCUGGGCAUCGUGGUAGAGGUCCUUGUUCUUGUCACCGCCAUCUUCAUCUAUGAGAAGAGGAGGAACCGGGAUGAGGUUCUGGAUGAUGGUGAUGGAGGCUCUGCACCACUUAAAAGCAAUGCCACAAACCACAAGGACAAGAACGUCCGCCAGAGAAACGCCAACUGAGAAGGGGUCAGAUGAUGUGCAGCUGAAGAACUCAUCUGGACACCUCUGUUUUCUUCUGAUCCUUUUUUUCAGGGGUGAAGUAGCAGUAGGAGAUUCCCCAGAGCAUCCUGGCAGAUCCUUCACUUCCUAAAGAACCUCCAGCUGUAGAACCUAAAAUACACUUUUUCUUUCUGUUUUUUUUGUUGUUUGGUUUUUUAAAGAGUUGUGGGAGGGUUUUUCUACCUGUAAAUGUAAAUCCCUUGUUUCUGGUAGUCACUGCCUGUCUCUGUUUAGGUUUCUUGUUAUUGGUACAGGGGGUGGGUUGGGAGAACAUCAUUUCCUCACCUAUGGGAUGAGCAGAAACGUCUUCCUGGCCCCACUGCUGUGCUUUGGAGCUGGGAUAAGACCUGAAGGUGCAGCAAUGUGUGUGUGCAGCUGCUCUGGUGCUGAGCUGAGCUGAGCCAGGGCAUCACCAGCAGCAAGGCUGCACCUUUCCCUCGUGCGGAAGUGCUGAUUCCAAGCAGCUUCUCCAGAGCUUCCUUAAAUGCUCUUCAACAGCGUGGAGGCAGCGCCGGAGCUGGACAUGGAUGAGUACCACGACUGUGAAUGUAUGGGAUGGGCUUGGAUCUCUUCUCCCCUUGCUGCAGUGGGGCUGGGGGCAGUUUAACCGCCUGUGUUCUUGUGCUUGAGCUGUUGGGGUUUGGGAGGUAGGAGCGAGAGCAGCCGAGUGCUUUGUGCAGUUUAAUGCCUGUAGUUGCUGGGUAGCAGUGAUCUUGUUCCCUGUUAACACACAAAUAAAGAUGAUUCCUCUCUCUGGUUUUUUUUCCA